AUGCCGUCCCUUAAGCAUUGUGUUCCACGAGUUACCAAGACAAAAUGUGCUACACGAGUUAUCCAGAAAAGGGAUUGGGAAAUCAGGAACCUCAAAUUAAAAUCGGUUGUAAUUAUUCUAAUUUUUGAAGUUGAUGUGAGAACACACGUCAUUGAAAAAUCAUUCGUUGCUAGUGAUAAAAUGAUAAAAUCUGCAAUAUUGUUUAACGCUUGA